AUGGAACAUACUAAUUUAAGGCAGACAUUAAUGGAAGUUGUUGAGGUUUGGUCUUUAUCCAUCCAAAAAGCAAGCAAACUUGUUGCAAAAAUAUCACAAAUGGAUGGACAACUUUUUCUCAUCAAGCAUCUUCUUAUAUUAAGAGAACAGAUUGCACCUUCUGACAUAGAAUUCUUAGUCACACACAAGGAACUGGAUUUCUCCCAAUUGUUGGAGCAUCUGAGACGAAUUCUUAGAGGUCAAACCUCAUUAUUUGAUUGGUCAAGGUCAACUUCUUUGGCUAGGACACUGUCGCCUCGAGUUUUGGAAAGUCAAAUUCAUGCAAAGAAGGAACUUGAGAAAAUCUGA